CCUCAUGGCAUGCUGAGUUUGGUAGAACAGGAGAGGGAUAAGUCUUAAAAACACUGACAGGCACUAACACACUCUGAGAGAAAGAGCAGUGUGACACGGACAACACAAGCAUCCAAAGUGCAAUAACAAAGAGCUGAUCUGAGCACCACAUUCCCUGUGGACCUUCAGGUUUGAAUCUGCUAAAAUAAAGAUGCAGGUGGUGAGUCUGGCUCUGCUGAUGCUGGUGUUUGCCAAAUGGGCCGAGCCGUACUUAACCCAAUACCCAGAUACGGAGCAGGACAAAUAUGAGCCCAGAGACUAUCAAAGAUCCACAGAAUACAACAGAGACAGCAGUAGAACUGAGUGCAGGCGAUGCUGUGACCCUGCAGAGGAGCCCCCACAGUAUGCCAGCCCACACCCACAUUACCAGGUUGUACCACAGAUAAACAUCACUAUCCUGAAAGGGGAGAAAGGAGACACUGGUGAGAGAGGACCCUAUGGGAAAUUAGGCAAAUCAGGACAAACUGGUCCCAGAGGGCCCCAUGGCACGAAGGGAACCAAGGGCAGCAUUGGUGCCCCAGGGGAACCCUGUAAGUCCUACUAUGCUGCUUUCUCAGUGGGACGCAAGAAGGCACUGCACAGUAACGACUACUACCAGACCAUGAUCUUCGAUACCGAGUUUGUCAAUCUUUAUGGUCACUUUAACAUGUUCACAGGCAAGUUCUUCUGCUAUGUUUCGGGCAUCUAUUUCUUCAACUUGAACAUUCACACCUGGAACCAGAAGGAGACGUACCUGCAUGUGAUGAAGAAUGAGCAGGAGAUGGCCAUUCUGUAUGCCCAGCCUAGCGACCGCUCCAUCAUGCAGAGUCAAAGCCUUAUGCUGGCGCUGGAGAGAGAUGACCAGGUGUGGGUUCGGCUCUUUAAGGGCGAGAGAGAGAAUGCUAUUUUCAGUGAUGACUUUGACACUUACAUCACAUUUAAUGGUCACCUCAUCAAGGGAAAUUCAGAAGGCUGAUCGAAGCACCAACUAUAGACAACAAACAUGCAACAUUUCCAUACCAGUGGUGCUACAAAAAAACAAAGUGAUUGUACAAAAAUUAUAAUAAUUAUUAAGAUAUAGGAAUAAUUUAAAUACAAUUAUGUUUUAGCUCAAUCUUGAGAUCUGUUUGAAAGGAUGCAGAAAAAGGAGAUUGAAAUAUAGUCAUAUAAGAUAAAAAAAACAUUGAAUUAUGUCAAAUAUUAUGUUUAAUAACAAAUAUUUCAAAACUGCAGUCUGUAAAUUGAGACAGAUACUUUGACACAGGCCAUGCUUCAGAUAUAACUAGAGAAUUUCUAAUCAGUAAAGAUACACCUUGAUGGUGCAUCUAAAUAUAUGUACUGUAUUUGUAUCAAUGAAUGCAUCUAGUGUUAGAAUACAGUUGAGACUUCAUAGUCCUAUUGGUGCAUAAGUGACAAUACUGUGGAUUUCAUAACAAUGACAGAUAUAAAUACAUUGAAACAGUAGCAAAUAUUUAACAUGGUAUACAUUGCUGCAUUAUAUCACUGUAAAAUACUUUUAGUAAAAAAGCUUAUUAUUUUAGAAAUCUCUUGAAUGAACUGUAAUGUCACAGGUCACUGAGGUCAAGAGUACAUUUGUAAAAGAGGACUGACAGAGGCUUUGGCAGAAAUCACAUUUAUGAUUAUUUUAGCAGUUGUAAAUGUUCUUUCUCUGGCCAUUAUCAUUAAAGGCAACUGACUCUUA